AUGUGUAAUGGAUAUCCAUUUGUCACGACUCGUGGAGUCGUAAUCUUAAAUAAAUGUGACUAUCAACAUAAAUUACUUAAUAUUCUUAGUGACCGCACAAAAUUCAAAAGAAUCACUAUUGAAGUAUCCACCCACUUAUUGUACUUAGAGGACAAACUAAAAAGACUUCUUCGUACCAUCAAAUCAUCCAUUAACGAAAACACUUAUAACUUCCUGUCAACAUCUGGCUCCCGUCCUGGUUUACUUUACGGUCUUCCUAAAGUGCACAAACCAAAUAUUCCACUUAGACCCAUUAUCUCUUCCAUUGGCACCUUCAAUUAUAACACUGCAAAAUUUCUUGUCCCCAUUAUCUCCCCUUUAACUGCCAAUCAGUACACUAUAGAAAAUUCUACAUCCUUUGCUAAUGAAAUUACGACCCUUAACUUUAAACAACCAACCACUAUGGCGAGUUUUGAUAUAGAGUCACUCUUUACCAAUGUUCCCCUUCAUGAAACCACCGACAUUAUAGUUAACAAUGUAGACACUUCCCAGCUUACCAAAAUUGGUUUAACAAAAGAUAACUUCAAAAAAUUACUAGAUCUAGCCGCCCACCACUCAGUGUUCACUUUUGAUGAUUGUCUUUAUACCCAAACAGACGGGGAAACACAAAAGCACACAUCCGCAUGCGCUCGUAACCCUCUCUCACUAAAAGCCACACGCAAGCAAUACCAUGAGUCAUACCCCAUUCCAUCGCGGUACUUAAACUCCCAAGGUGUGGUUGUUAGGCUCUGUGAUCUUUUAGGGUCUGAUUUUUAG